AUGAAUCCUUGUGCUUCUAUAGUUUUCUCACUUUUCUUGGUACUCCUUGUGACUGCAACUACCAGCCAAUUGGUAGCAGUGGGAGAAGGAGGAGAUGAUAGAAAUGGUGUUAAUAUGAAAAAGUGUUUGGAUAAUGAGAGACUUGCGCUCCUUCUCUUCAAAGCUCCCCUUCAUGACCCCUUUGAUACUCUCUCUACAUGGAGAUCUGACCAACAUGACUGCUGUAAAUGGAGUGGAGUUGAGUGCAGCAACCAAACUGGUCAUGUCACAAAGCUUGAACUCAACAACUUCUUUUCACAGGAUGGUCUUCGAGGUGAGAUUAGCCAUUCCUUGCUUAACUUAACCUACUUGAAUCAUCUUGAUCUUUCCUUCAAUGCUUUCAAUGGAACCAUUCCUACUUUCAUUGGUUCUUUGACUCGAUUAAGGUACCUUUCCCUUUCCUACAAUUCUUUUCAUGGAGCUAUUCCCAGGUCCAUUGGUUACUUGACCCAGUUAAGGCACCUUUCCUUUUCCAGUAACUCUCUUUAUGGAACUAUUCCUUCACAGUUUGGAAACCUCACCAACUUGCAAGAGCUUCAUCUUGUAAAUGUUGGAAGGUGUAGAGUUGAAAAGGUAGAGUGGUUGUCUCAUCUCUCUCAUUUGGAGGAUCUGAGAAUGGAUGGGAUUUCCCUUGCGAAAGCAAAUAAUUGGGUAGGUGUAAUUUCGAGUCUCCCAAAACUGUUGCGUUUAAGUUUAGGGAGAUAUGGGAUACCCAAAUAUCUUGGUAACCUCUGUAGUCUGGAAACUUUAUCCUUCUACAACAACUCUGCUGCUGUCAAAUUUCCUGAUUUUCUCAACAACUUGUCUGGAUGCACAUCCCUUUCAUUACAAUGGUUGGAUGCUUCUCAUAGCCAAUUUAUAGGAUCAUUGUCCGAUGAGAUCCAAAAGUUUUCAUCCCUCGAAUACUUGGGCUUAUCUGAUAAUCAGUUAAAUGGAAGUAUAAGUGAGAAACUGUGGGAACUACCCAGGCUCCGAACUCUUUACCUUUCUUCUAAUAAUCUUACAGUUCCUUCCCCAGAUCACUUGUCAAACAUCUCUUAUUUUCAGUAUCUUGAUCUGAGCUCUUGCAAGGUAGGGCCUCGCUUCCCCAAAUGGAUUCAGACACUCAAAAAUCUUACCCAUCUUGAUCUUUCCAAUACUGGAAUUUCAGACACAAUUCCUCUGGAGUUUUGGGACAGCUGGCCUUCUCAAUUAGAAUAUCUGAAUCUCUCUUCCAACAACAUUAGCAGGAAAGUACCAGAUUUAUCAUCAAAUUUUGCCAAAUAUUCAGAGAUAGAUUUGAGUUCCAACAACUUUUAUGGUCCAAUACCGAAUGUUCCUUCCACCUUGUUCUUAUUAAAUCUUUCCAGAAACAAAUUUUCUGGGGGAAUCUCAUUUGUAUGCCAAAUUGUUGAUGGGUUCUUAUCAUUUCUUGAUCUCUCUCAUAACUCAUUAAUCGGACAACUCCCGGACUGUUUGUGGCGUUUCAAAGGACUACAAGUUCUUAAUCUUGGACACAACAAUCUCUUUGGACGUAUUCCUCCCUCUGUUGGAUCUUUGAUACAACUCCAGGUGUUGUAUUUAUUCAAGAACAACUUCUCUGGAGAAUUGCCUUUGUCCUUAAAAAAUUGCACGGGUUUAAUCUCAUUGAAUUUGGGGGCCAACAAGUUUUCUGGUAAUGUGCCUGUCUGGAUUGGGGAAAACUUAUUGUGGCUGUAUGUUCUUAUCCUAAGAUCAAAUAACUUCUUUGGAACCAUCCCUUUACAGUUAUGUCAAUUAGGUAAUCUUCAAAUUGUAGACCUGUCGAUGAACAAUCUUCAUGGAACCAUCCCCUCAUGUUUGAGUAAUCUUACGAGCAUGGUUCACCAAGGAGGAGUCUUACAAGAUGUAUACUUUCAAACAAGUAUAAACCGUAUUGUAUAUGCAUCAGGGAUAUAUGUUGACCAUGCAAUGAUUCAGUGGCAAGGAGGUGAACAUGAAUUCUUAAGUACUCUGAAAUUGGUGAAGAGCAUUGACCUGUCAAGCAACAACUUAACAGGACAAAUCCCAUAUCAAAUUACCAAUCUUUCAGAUUUGAUUGCCCUGAAUUUUUCAAUGAAUGCUCUAUCUGGAGAGAUUCCACAGCAUAUUGGUGAGAUGAAAAAGCUUCUAACGGUGGAUUUAUCCAGAAACAAUUUAUCAGGGAGGAUACCAUCAAGCAUGUCUCAGAUGAGUUUAUUGAAUGACCUAGAUUUGUCAUUUAAUAACUUGUCUGGAAGAAUCCCAACCAGCACUCAACUCCAAUCCUUUCAACCAUCAAGAUACAAUGGAAAUGCACGUCUAUGUGGACCUCCUCUUACCAAAAGUUGUCCUCUAGAUGAAGAAUCAAAAGUACCACCUCUUAUUGGUAAAGGUGAGGGUGAUGGGGAAGACACAAAUGAUGAACUCUGGGGAUGGUUUUAUACUGGUGUGGGCAUUGGUUUUGCUACUGGAUUUUGGAUAGCAUGUGGCGCUUUACUUCUCAACCGUCGAGGGAGACGUGCAUUUUUUCAAUUUUAUGACAGCUUCAAAGAUUGGGUUUAUGUGAAAGUGGUUGUGUUCGUUUCAAGUUUGCAAAAGGCUAGACACACGUAG